AUGACUGUACCAAAUGCGCAGCUUCUGGCAAGGACUGCCGGUCGCCCAUCAGUGGUGGCCACACGUCCACUCACGCCUUCCGAUAGCACUGCCAGCGACCAGCCCAGCUCCACCAGUACGAACCAAGAAGAAACGCCGGUCCCUGUAACGAAGCAUAACUUCACAGAAACAUCUCACAAUCGAGAAAGUCAAGCUCUUGACUUUUCACAGUUAUUACUCCGGUCGGAAUCUCAUGCAACGGCUUUUCAGUCCCAUCUGACUAGUGAAGGCUUCGAAACAUGGGCUUCUUCGACUUACGAAUCUACAAAUGAUCAUGUGGCUAACGAUUCGCAAAGCCAUGACUUCCCUGCUCCUAUUGAUGACUCGCCUGUCACUCAACGAAUGGAACGAACAGAAGAUCACUCAGAGCAUAAUGAUAGCCACCCGGUCGGCCACGUCUUCCUUCCAGAACUACAAACAAACGCCCGCGAUCAAGAGCGACUCCUAGCCGAGAGACUACCUGAUUCCCCCGAUCUUCCAGAUCCUGCCCUCCAGCAAACAUUUGCAGAAACCUAUUUCGAUUUUUGCUAUGCCUGGUGUCCAGUUCUAGAUCGAAACGAACUCUCCGGGGAGUUGGCACGGUCGCCGCUGCUAGUAAAUGCCCUUGCAGUAGCAGGUAGUCACAUCAACCCACCGAUAAUCCCACACGAUGGACCAGCGAUAUAUUAUGAUCGAGCAAAAACACGAUUCUAUAACGAUGAAGAGGCCAAUGUUAUGACAUCGUUGAAAGCAAUCUCCUUAUUUUAUUGGUGGAGCCCAAGGCCUCCAACAAUUCUCCACCGACAUUCCUCCUGGUGGUGGACAUCGGUUGUAAUUCGCCAUUGUCAACAACUCGGUGUUCACCGUGAGCCUAGUCCAGAUCAUCCUCUUCGUCAACAGAUUGAUUUGAGUUUGAGGCGGCGCAUCUGGUGGACCGCCUUUUCUCGCGAACGUUUGACAGCACUAUGUCAAAACAAGCCUUGUAUCAUUGACCCUGAAGACUGCACAUUAUCUGAACCAACUUUGGACGAUUUCCCCAAUGGCCAAGACAAGGCCAGAGGAGAAAUAUUCAUUUACUGGGUGCAGCUCUGUGGUAUCAUUGGGAAAAUUGCUAAAUAUCUAGCACGCACCUCUGAGUCAACCCCAAGUGCAUUCCCUGUACAAUUUGCCCGUGAGCUCAUUCAUUGGGUACAAUCAUUACCAUCACACCUCCAACUUCCCAUUGGUUCUGAUCGCACUAUGUCGUUCAAUCGGGACGUAUACCAACUUCACCUGCCGUACCUUGCUGUCAUUAUUAUUCUCCAUCUCAAAAGAUCAACAUCAUCUCAACCUCUUCCACAAGCCUAUCCACCUGCUAUUUUAGCUGCAACGUGCAUGGCCCGUUUAAUGAGAGAUAUCCUCGCACGUGGAGGCACCCGCUUUCUCAUGGCAAUCGCCGGCUGGUAUUGUGGAACGGCGUUCAUUGCACUUAUCCAAGCAUUACGAAUUGAGAGUCUGACUAAAAGUGUGAACGAAGACUUAGAUAUACUUACUUUGGCUGUAGAUCAAUUUCGCAAGAUGUGGCCUACUGCUGCAGUAUUCUACUCCGGAUUUGAACGCCUCAGAUCUACUACAGUAAUACCGGAUUUUGACUCUCAACGUGCUCCUGGUCCCGAAUUGGGCAUGGGGGACGGAACAGGGUAUAUGAAAAUGACGGAUGGUAUUGACUGGACAGCCUACUUCCCCUUUGCAACUUCGCAAACUAGUGGAGUUGCUAGUCGACUUCUUAUACCACAUACGGAUGAAUUGUUCUUUGAUGAUGAUGUAUUUACGUAUGCUAUGCUUCAGUUUCAAGAUUUAUUUGAGCCUUGUGAUACCCUUUCAGAGAUGAAUUUGUUUGCAUAG